CCAGCCGUGCAACAGCAGGAGGAAGAGGAGGAGGAGGAGGAGGAGGAGGAACUGGUGGGAUCGAGGUACUGAGAGGAGGUUCCGGGGGAGGAGGAGGAGGAGGAGGAGGAGGAGGAAGAGUGGAGCAGAGGAGCAGCAGCACUAGUUUCAGUCUACAGUGGCAGGAGGCCAACCGGGAGAACCCACAACUCCUGCACCUGCACUAGGAGGAGAAGAAGGAGGAGGAGGUGGAGGAGGUGGAGGAGGAGGAGGACGACCAGGAGUCUUCAUCAGGCCUUCCCAGGGAGUGUGGGUAAGAGGAGGUGCAACAGAAGUAGGCACAGCAGCUGGACUAGAGCUCACUGCUGGGACAGAGAUCUCCACCAGCACCCAGAGGAGGACGAGGAGCCGAGGGAGGAGGCGUCCCCAUGGAUUUUAAGGCCAACCUGAAGGGCGUCAAAGCCAAGACGGAGGAGAAGGUGACUUCCCCCCCCCAGAAGGUGGACUUCCGCAGCGUCCUGGGGAAGAAGGGCAGCGCCAAACCUCCGGAGCCCCCCAAGAACACCAACACCACCAACACAGCAGACUUCCGCUCGGUCCUCGGCAACAAGAAGAAGAGCCCCAACCCCGAGAAGAACGGAGAGGGGGGCAAGAACUGUGUGGAUGGAGGGAUUAACGAGAAGACGAGCCCCGCAGGAGGAGGUGGAGAAGGAGGAGGAGGAGGAGGAGGAGGAGGAGGAGGAGGGAAGGCCCCGGAGUUCGUGGAGAAGCUCAGCGAUGUGACGGUGUUGGAUGGACAACCUCUCCGGCUCCAGUGUCGCCUCGACGACGUCAACGCCACCGUCACCUGGACCCUGGACGGGAAAGUCAUCAAAGCCUCCAAGUUCAUCGUCCUCAGCAAUGAAGGUCAGAGGUCAAUACGCGUUCUGAUUGACCCGGCAGAAAACUCUCCGGCCGACAAGAAGUCCAAGAAGGCGACUCCGACCUCAGAGAGUGAAGCCAGAAUAAAGAAGCCGACUGCAAAGACUCCUCCCAAACAAGCGAUGCCUCCUCAGAUCCUGCAGUUCCCCGAGGACAUGAAGAUCCUUGCCGGGGAGAAGGUGGAGAUCCUCUGCAAGUUCUCUGGAGCUCCUCCCAUCACCUGCACCUGGCUGAAGUUCAGGAAACCAAUCCAGGGGGACUCAUGUGAUACGUCCAUAGAGAGUAAUGACAGCAGCAGUAAACUGACCAUCAGCAGUGGACAACAGGACCACUGUGGCUGCUACACCAUCGAGCUGAGGAACAGCUACGGCCUCCGUCAGGCUGCCCUCAACCUCACCAUCGUCGAUAAACCCGACCCCCCCGCCAAGGUUCCUGCUGCCUCAGAUAUCCGGCGGUCCAGUCUGACUCUGUCGUGGUACGGGCCGACCUACGACGGAGGCAGCGCCGUCCAGUCCUACAACCUGGAGAUCUGGGACUCGGUGGACCAGCAGUGGAAACACCUGGUAUCCUGCAACAGCACCUCCUACAACGUCCAGAACCUCCUGCCAGACCGCCAGUAUAAGUUUCGUGUCCGGGCCGAGAACAUCUACGGAGUGGGAGAACCGAGCGUGGAGUCAGAACCUGUGACUGUUGGACUGGUAGACGAUGACAACCAGGAGGAGGUCGAGGCCGAGGAGGACGAUGAAGACGUGGAGAAGGAGCCUGAAUACAGAGACGUGACGAUCAAGACGGAGGUGAAGGUGAAGGAGCUCUACGACGUGGAGGAGCGGCUGGGAACGGGGAAGUUCGGCCAGGUCUUCAAGCUGGUGGAGAAGGCCACUAAGAAGGUGUGGGCAGGGAAGUUCAUUAAGGCGUACUCAGCCAAGGACAAGGAGAACGUCCGGCAGGAGAUAGGCAUCAUGAACAGCCUCCACCACCCCAAACUGGUCCAAUGCGUCGACGCCUUCGAGGCCAAAUCAGACAUCGUCAUGGUGCUGGAGAUGAUCUCUGGAGGCGAGCUGUUUGAGAGAAUCAUCGACGAGGACUUUGAGCUGUCAGAGAGGGAGGUCAUCAAAUACAUGCUGCAGAUCAUAGACGGUGUCGGCUUCAUCCACAAACAGGGCAUCGUCCACCUGGACCUCAAACCAGAGAACAUCAUGUGUGUCAACAAGACGGGUAGCCAGAUCAAACUCAUCGACUUCGGCCUCGCCAGACGACUAGAAAAUGCAGGAACUCUGAAGGUUUUGUUUGGGACUCCAGAGUUUGUGGCUCCAGAGGUCAUCAACUAUGAAGCUAUCAGCUACACGACGGACAUGUGGAGUAUAGGAGUCAUCUGCUACAUCCUGCUGAGCGGUCUAUCUCCUUUCAUGGGGGACAAUGAUAACGAGACACUGUCUAAUGUCACUUCGGCGACCUGGGACUUUGAGGACGAGGCCUUUGAUGAAAUCUCUGAUAAUGCCAAAGACUUCAUCACCAAGCUGCUGAAAAAAGACAUGAAGGCUCGGCUGUCCUGUCCUCAGUGCUUCGAACAUCCCUGGCUGAAACAAGACACUAACACCAUGAAGGCCAAGAAGCUGUCCAAGGAGAGGAUGAAGAAGUACAUCUUGAGGAGGAAGUGGCAGAAAACAGGUCAUGCUGUCCGAGCCAUUGGAAGACUGUCGUCCAUGGCCAUGAUGGCAGGUGUCAGCGCCAAGAAGGGAUCUCCUACUGAAGAGGACAACCAGUUCCUGGAGUGUUUGGAGUACGAGCAGAAGACAGAGUGUAAGCCCACCUUCAGCUCAGUCAUCAAGGACGUGGAGGUGGUGGAGGGCAGCGCCGCUCGCUUUGACUGCAAGAUAGAAGGUUAUCCCGACCCAGAGGUGGUGUGGUACAAAGAUGACCAGCCCAUCAAAGAGACCCGACACUUCCAGAUUGACUACGACGAGGAAGGAAACUGCAGCCUGGUCAUUUCAGAGGUCUCAGGAGAUGACGACGCCAAGUACACGGUGAAGGCUGUCAACAGUCUGGGGGAGGCCACCUGCACCGCAGAGCUCCUGGUGGAGGUGAUGGCUGGAGAGGAGGAGGAGGAGGAGGAGGAGGAGGAGGAGGAGUGAAGGGACGGCUUAGACUCCCACAGGAGGAGGUUUCAGACAUGAGCAGGAAAUAUUGCCCAUAAAGACCCUCCUGUGAUUGGAGGAGCAGGUGGGCGGAGUCUGAAAUGUUCUGUUUCUAAAACUUCAUGAAUUUAUUUAAACUAGAGCUGUCAAACCAUUAAAUGUUUAAUCAGUUUAAUCCGUGGAUUAAUUCAGAUUAAUCAGAUUAAAUCUCUAUUGAUUCGUUUCAUUGUUGAUGAUGAACUGACUCCAGGAACAAGAGAAUAUAUCUGCACUGAACGAGUUCAUUCAACACCUUCAACAC